AUGAGCGAGGUUUCCUCAACGCGCCUAUAUCUCGGCAAUUUGCCCCGAAAUGUCACCAAACAGGACGUCGAAGAACAUUUCGGCCAACACGGCUCCGGGAAAAUCACGGAUAUAAAACUCAUGAACGGCUUUGGUUUCAUCGAGUAUGAAGAUGCCUUGGAUGCGCGGGAUGUUGUUCCUGCUUUCCAUGGAACCGACUUCAAGGGUUCAAGACUCACCGUUCAAUUCGCCCGUGGCCCACGACAUAAGGAGACAUUCUCAGGACCGUCAGAUCGCUCCACUGCUCCCCGUCCGCGUCGUACCAUUUAUCGUAUGCAAAUUUCUGGACUUCCAGAGACCAGUUGGCAGGACCUCAAAGAUUUUGCGAGACAAUCUGGACUUGACGUCGUCUACUCGGAAACAUCACGCGACCAUGAAGGCAGAGGCUUUGUCGAAUUCGAAACUGGCGCAGACUUAAAAACUGCUGUCGAUAAACUAGAUGGACGUGAAUUCAAAGGUGCUCGUGUGACCUGUACCCAGGACAUUCAAAACGCUGACGAUCGCCCUCCCCGCGACCCGUAUCGUUCCCGGUCUCCCAUGCGCCGCGGACCGCCGCCGGAUGAUUAUGAGAGGCGUGGUGGGCAUCCACGUGGGUACAGCCCUCGAGGACACUACCGCGAGCGUUCUCCUCCCCCUAUUCGCCGCGAAUAUUAUGACCGUGAAGGUUAUGGCCGCCGUUCUCCCCCUCCCCGCACUCGGAUAGAUGACUAUCCGCCACCCCGUCGACCUUAUGAUGACCCGUAUGAUUUCCGCCCUCCACCUCGCCAUUAUGACGACCCAUAUAACCAGGGUAGAUAUGGACGUCGCCCGAUGAGCCCUCCGCCCAGAGGCGAUUAUGGAGGCUAUGAUCGUCGUGGUUACUGGUAG